AUGAGCGAGGCCAGUCGGGUGUGCUCCGGCUACUACAGCCUCAACCAGAGCUUCGUGGAGCCCUUCCGCUGCCCCCGGCGCGGCGAGGGGGCCACCCUCCUCUACUGCUGCGGCUUCGCCGACCUCAAGUACUGCUGCAGCGAGCCGGGCAGCUACUUCCCCUACAAGCACAGCUACAUGUGGAGCCUCAGCAUUGGUGCCCUGAUCGGAUUGGGAAUUGCUGCCCUUGUUUUACUUGCCUUUGUCAUCAGCGUCUGUGUUCUUUGCUACUUAUUUCUGUAUACAAAGCCUCAAAGAUUAGACACUGGCCUUAAACUUCAACACCUAGAGGCUGUUUCCACUCAAGAGGGCGACUCAAAUAGAAAAAGCAAAGUCCCCCGUUCAAAUGCAGCAUCAAAUUCAACAAAUGAAACGUUCUAUGAGGCUGAUGAUAUAAUUCAAGAAAAAACAAUGGAUACGACACAAAUCAACACUGCUUAUUGUUAA